AUGUCCUGGCGGGUGGAGGACGUGUACAGCGAUCGAUGUGUCUUGAUCACAGGAUCGACAGGAUUUCUAGGAAAGGUACUUGUUGAAAAACUGCUUUGGGCUUUGCCAAAUGUUGGUCAAAUAUUUCUGCUCAUACGUCCUGCCAAAGGUCUAUCACCGAAAGAGAGGCUCGAAAAGGUCUUACAGGAUCCGCUUUUCAACCGUCUACGUGAACACAAGCCUCAGAUGUUCAGCAAGCUCGUGCCGAUCGCCGGAGACCUUAUGGAGAAAAAUCUUGGCCUCAAUCAACAUGACAUGCAAAAUAUAUGCGAUCAGGUGAGCAUCGUGAUCCACAGCGCGGCUACUGUAAAAUUCGACGAACAGCUCAAGGAUGCCGUGGAGAUGAACGUCGCGGGAACUACCCGACUCAUCGCACUGUGUCAUAAGAUGCAGAAAUUGAUCGCACUGGUUCAUGUGUCGACUGCCUACGCGAAUUGUGAUCGGACUGAAAUAGAAGAGAAGGUAUACGAUCCACCAGUUGCUCCACAGAAACUAAUGGAAGCAGUCGAAUGGAUGAACAAUGAUAUGAUAACAUUGAUUACUCCAGAACUUCUGGGAAAACGGCCUAACACAUACACACUAACGAAGGCGCUGGCUGAGACGCAACUUGUUGAGGAUGCUAAGCAGUUACCAGUUAUCAUAAUUCGACCAUCGAUUGUUGGAGCCAUGUGGAGGGAUCCGCUUCCUGGAUGGACGGACAACAUCAACGGACCCACUGGUAUUUUCGCAGCGGUCGGCAAAGGAGUUCUAACCAACAUGUGCGGAAGCGCAAGCUCAAAAGCUGACAUCAUCCCCGUGGAUAUUGUAGCCAAUAUGAUCAUUGUUGCUGCGUCUCAUCGAGCCAUGACAAUGUAUGACACGAUACCUGUGAUGCACUGCGCAUCUGGCGAUCUCAAUCCUCUGAAGUGGGGGAAAAUCGUCAACUUCUUAGAACAGUUUUACCAUGAGUAUCCAAUGGAGCAGUGCUUCGCGAUCCCAUCGACCAGAUUUCAUACCAGCAGAAAAAUGUUUGAGCUCAACUACUACAUAAAGCAUCACAUCCCUGCCAGCGCUCUGGAUUUUGUGUACGGAUUAAUUGGACGAAAAAAGAAGUUGGUUGGGUUGGCCACUUUUUUCUUGGCCAUGGCAUCCCAUUAUUUUCGGCAUUCCAGGAAUGUGCAGUUGUACUCUCGAGUAUGGCGUAUGGUGGAGGCGUUGCAUUACUUCACAACUCAGGGAUGGACAUUCCAGUCUAAAAAUUUACCAAAACUAUGGAGUUCAAUGAGUGCUCAUGAUCAACAGCUGUUCAACUUCGAUAUUAGGCAACUUGACUGGGAUUCAUAUCUUUUUGAUUAUGUUAUGGGAAUCAAGCAAUAUAUUCUGAAGGAGAAUUUGGAUAACCUUCAAGUCGCUCGAGCAAACUUAAUGCGGAUGCGUCUUUACCGUGCCCUCAUGACGGCCGCAUUCUGGUACGUCGCUGUACAUCUACUUGGUUUCGACAAUAAGAAGAAUCGAAAAUGGACAGCUUGGCUUGUCGGGUUUUCAUCGACACAUCUACUUAUGAACUACAACUUCCGUCCAAAAAUCCAAUUAAAAUCAUUGGAGGAGUACAAGAAAACAACAUACCGCUAG